GUAACUUGGCCUUUGUGUCUCCCGCAGCUCCCCAGAGGCACAUGUCCUAGCCUCUGCUCGGACUUCGCCUUCUCUCCAUCUGCCACCACAGCCUGGAGGCGCUUGCCUCCACCCUCCCGAAUGGUGCUCCUCUUCGCAGGCCUCGGCCCAGGAUUCAGGCCCCCUUGGCUCCCUGAUUUGGAGCUGUUGCUGCUGCUGGGGUCUGGUGGUGGACUCCCUGGGGUGGGGUGUGAGGACUCUUUGCACAGACGAGGUUUUAGUUAUAGGGACCUCAGCAGCAGUUUGAGUCUCGGCCUCUAACCGAGCGCCAGGCUCUUCUGCACCCCUUCUUUUCUGCCUUCGAGAAGAGAAACCCCUUCUCUUUGACAUCCAAAGCCCAGGAAGCCUCAAGCUGGGGCCCUGGUCCCAGCAUGUCAGCCCUCUCUUGUGCAUAGGGCUCUGCCCUCUUCCAGCCAGCAUGGCUGAUUUCAAAAAGGCUCCAGGGGGCCGGGAGACUCCACAGGGGGAACUGCGGCCGGAGGUGGUGGAGGAUGACGUCCCUAGGAACCCUUUGGCGGAGGAGGCUGGAGGAGGCAGCAGCGAGACCAAACUGUCCCCUAGAGAGGAGGAAGAACUGGACCCUAGGAUACAGGAGGAGCUGGAGCAUCUGAACCAGGCUAGUGAGGAGAUCAACCAGGUGGAACUCCAACUAGAUGAGGCCAGGACCACCUAUCGGAGGAUCCUGCAGGAGUCAGCGAGGAAGCUUAACACACAGGGCUCUCACUUGGGGAGCUGUAUUGAGAAGGCGCGGCCCUACUAUGAGGCCCGACGGCUGGCUAAGGAGGCCCAGCAGGAGACACAGAAGGCGGCAUUGCGGUAUGAGCGGGCCGUGAGCAUGCACAACGCUGCCCGGGAGAUGGUCUUUGUGGCUGAGCAGGGUGUCAUGGCUGACAAAAAUCGACUGGACCCUACAUGGCAGGAGAUGCUCAACCAUGCUACCUGUAAGGUGAACGAGGCAGAGGAAGAGCGUCUUCGAGGUGAAAGGGAACAUCAGCGUGUGACACGGCUGUGCCAGCAGGCUGAGGCUCGGGUCCAGGCCCUGCAGAAGACCCUCCGGCGGGCCAUUGGCAAGAGCCGCCCUUACUUUGAGCUGAAGGCCCAGUUCAGCCAAAUCCUGGAGGAGCACAAGGCCAAGGUGACAGAACUGGAGCAACAGGUGGCACAGGCCAAGACCCGCUACUCAGUGGCUCUUCGUAACCUGGAGCAGAUCAGCGAGCAGAUUCAUGCCCGGCGCCGGGGCUUGCCUCCUCAUCCCCUGGGCCCACGACGAUCCUCCCCUGUCGGGGCUGAAGCUGGACCUGAGGCCAUCGAGGAUGGGGACAGUGGGAUUGAAGGGGCAGAGGGCGGGGGCCUGGAAGAGGGCAGCAGCCUUGGGCCUGGCGCAGGCCCAGAUACGGACACGCUGAGCCUGUUGAGUCUGCGCACUGUGGCUUCUGACCUGCAGAAGUGUGACUCGGUGGAGCACCUGCGUGGUCUCUCGGACCAUGCCAGUCUAGAUGGCCAAGAGCUGGGACCACAGAGCCGGGGACGCCGGGGAAGUGAUGGUGGAGUUCGAGGGGGCCGGCACCAGCGCAGUGUCAGCCUGUAGCUCUGUGGCCAGAGCUGGCUUGAUUUCUACCAUGGGCAAUCAGGGCCCCCACAGGCUUUCCCUCAUCCUUGAGUCCUGUCUGUCCCAGGUCCUGGUCUGCAGCCUUCCCUGGGCAAGGUUGGCUGUGUCUUAGUCCCGUGUCCCUAGCUUUCUCACUGUUCCUUCUCUCAGGAGGCAGCUCUCUCUUCGCCUUACCCACUCAGAAGGCUUGCUCUCUGGCCCUGUCUCCUCUCCCCCUGCUGGCACUUGAGUCUCUCUGACCUCUAUCUGUCUGGCUUUUCCCCUCAGGAAACUUGGUCUAGAAGACACAGGAGAUCAUGUGAGAACAUGAGUGUCCUAGCCCAAGUGGUUGGACAGGCCCUCACCCCUUGGUUCCUGGCUCUGUCUUCCCAGCAGGCAGCUCCCCAGGGUGCCCUAGAUAUGCUGCU